AUGAAUGAUGAAUUAACAACACAAGCAACACCAACACCCAUUGUUCUAAAAAUAAAAACUUACGAUGAUAUUAUUCUUCCUCAUACAUCUCGUUUAUCAACAGAUAAUUUAAAUGAUACUUCUCAAUCAUCAUUUAUUCCAAAUAAUGAAACGUCUAGUAUUACAACAGUAUCACCAUCGAUACUUCGUGUUAAAUUAAAAAAACCAUUUAUUGAUCAUGAUGAUGAUGAUGAUGAAUAUAUAAUUUCAAAUUCAUCAGAUGUCUCAUCUCGUCCAGCAAAACGUAGUAAAAAAUCUUUUACAAACGAUAAUCUUAAUAAUAAUAUAUCUGAACUAAAUAAUGAUCAACAAUCUAGUCAACAAGAAAUGAACGAAAUAAAACAAAAUCAUUGUAUCAUAAAUGAACAAUCAUCGAAUCCUUCAUUAAUUCUUAAAAUUCGUCGUGAUAGUUUAUCUUCAACUAUUGCAAAUCGAAAUACAAUUGAAACUGAAACAAAUCAACAAUUAGUAGUUAAAUUUAAACAAAAUGAAUAUGGUGAAUUAACAACAAGUACAAAUUCAAAUAAUAUUUCAUCGAAUUUAAUAAAUAAUAAUAAUAAUAAUAAUAAUAAUGAAUAUACAAAUGGUUAUAAUAAUUCAUUACAUGAACCAUUAAAUAAUCCAAUAAGACAGGAAUAUAAAUCUUCAAUUCAACCUCAUAUUACUAAUAUGUUAUCAAAUUUAAAUGAUGAUAAACAAUGGAAUAAUCAUCAAAUAAAUAAAAAUCAUGUUUCUCAACCAACAACAACUACUAAUCAUGUUCCUAUGGAUGUUAAUCCUACUCCAUCUAUGUUAUCAACAACAACGACAACAGCAUCUGAAAAUCAUACAAAAGAACUUCUAGAUGAAGCAUUAGAUAGUGUAAAAACUGUUUUAAUGCAAACAUUUAGGAAGAAUUUAGAAGCAGGCGGUGAUCUCAAUGCUUUAAAAAGUACAUUAGGUUCGGAUGAAGUAGCUGAAGUAUUUCUAUCAAAAUUAAGAGAAUCACUCAAACGUGAAACAAUAUCAACAAUAGAGAGUGAACAAAAAACACAAGAACAUCAAAAUACAAAUACAGAAAUUCGUUCAUGUCAAACAAAUUCUCUAUCUACUCCUUUAAAUACAAUUAUUUCACCAAUAAUGAAUGUUGUUUCACCUUCUCCAUCAUCACCUCUUCCAUCAAUAUCAACAAUAAUUACAAAAAAUACUUCACCCUCACCAUCAACAUCAAUACCUUCUUCACCUCAACCACCAACAAUAGUUAAUAAUAAACGUAAAUCUUCCAAUCCAACAACAAAUCCAAAUCGUUUUGACGGUACAACAGAAGAAGAAUUAGCAAAACGUCUUCUUUCAGAUAUUCUUCAACCUAAUCUUGAUAUUGUUUUUGUCGGUAUUAAUCCAAGUCUUUAUGCUGUACAUAAAGGACAUCAUUAUGGUGGACCAGGAAAUCAUUUCUGGAAAUUACUUCAUAUGUCUGAUUUAAUUCCAACUGCAUUUACUGCUGAUAAUGAUUUUCGUAUGCCGCAAUAUGGAAUUGGUUUUACACAUAUUGUACAACGACCAAGUAAAGCUGGAUCAGAUAUUACCAAAGACGAAAUUACCGCUGGAGCUGAAGUAUUAAUGCAAAAAAUGAAAAUGUAUCGACCAAAAAUUGUUGCAUUUAAUGGACGAGGCAUUUAUGAAGUCUAUGCAGGUAAUAAACAUUUUCAUUAUGGUAAACAACCGGAGUUAUUUCCUGGAACAGAUACACAUGUUUUUGUAAUGCCAUCAUCAAGUGCUCGAUGUUCACAAUUACCACGUGCUGAAGAUAAACUUCCAUUUUAUGUUGGAUUAAGAAAAUUACGUGAUUUUCUAAAUGGUACAUUACAUUCAUUAAAUGAAGCUGAAAUAACAUUUCCCGAUAUAAAAAUAAAAGAUACAGAUGAUGUUUUACAAAAAACAAUUAUACGUAUAAGUAAUAAACCAUUUUCAGAAUUUUCACCUGAAACACUUAAAACAUUUGGUGAUAAAAUUCCAUCUGGACAAAUGACAUCAAAAUAUAACUUAGAUACAGAAACAACUCAAACAAUGUCUAUUUUACAUCAUGGACCAAAUGGAAAUUUACUUAAUUAUGAUCAACAAACAUCAUCGAUAAAUGGAAUUAAUUCAUCAAAAACAUCGUUUAUAGAAAAUACAUCGUUGAACACAUCAAUAACUAUGAAUGAUACAGAUCAAGCUGUACUCGCUGCAUUAGCUAAUGGUGCAUAUGGUUCAUCAUCUCAAUCACGACAAUCUCAAACGAUUUAUGUUGGUAGACAACAACAGUCGGUUUCUUAUUCAGGAUCAUCUGCGAAGAAUAUUUCCACAGGUAUAAAUUCUCGUUCAUCAACUCCACCAUCAUCAUCACAUACUAUUCAUCAUUUACCACAAUUAUCUUCUACUGAUCAUCAAACUCAAUCAAUAACUUCUUCAAUUCCAUUAUUAUCAUCAAACUCAUUAAAUUCUCAAACUGUUUCUCAUCAAAUAGUUGUUAUUAAUCCUAAAGAACGAUCAUCUUCAAAUAAUUCAAUACUUAAUUCAUCUUCAUUAAAAGAUUUAUUAUCUAGUCAACAUCCAAUACAGAAACAAACUAUUAUUAUUCCAACGAAUUCAUCUACUCUACAAAAUUCAUCAACAAUAAAUAAUAAUCUUUCUAAAACAUCAAUUACAACAAAUAAAAUUUUAAAUAAUACAAAUGAUGAUUGUCUAUAUCUUCGUUAUGAACGUGAAUUACCUUCAACACAAAAUUCAUAUCAUUUUUCUUAUAUUAUUGAUGAACAUUCAUCAUCAACACAUAAACGUGUACGUUAUGUUUCAAUAAAUGAUUUAUAA